AACACUAAUUACUGAACAAGAAUCAAGAAAACAAACAACAGUUAAAAUGAGUUCCAACUCCAAACAAACUCAACUACCUGAAGAGGCACCAAAGGCAGAUGAUGCUUAUCUCUCUGUUGUGGUAUUAUGUUUUAGUCGGAUUUUUCCCGCAAUACUAAAUGCUGCUGUUGAUCUCAAUUUGUUUGAUAUCAUAGCUAAGUUACAAAGUUCAAGUCAUCAUUCUACUUUUUCUGCUUUUGAAAUUGCUUCUCAACUUCCAAAUCAACACCCUCAAUUGGCUGAGAGACUUGAACGCAUGUUAUAUGUGUUGACAAGUUAUUCUCUUUUCAAUUGUUCCAUUCGUAUUAAUGGAGAAGGUAAGAGUGAAAGAGUUUAUGCUCUCUCACCAAUUGGUCAAUACUUUGCAUUUGAUAAAGAUGGAGGCUCUUUGGGUCCACUCUCAACAUUAGUACAUAGUGGAUAUCAAGACCUUUGGUCUGAUGUAAAAGAUGCAAUUAUAAACCCCAACAACAAUGAACAUUUUCAAAAAGUUUAUGGAUCACCGGCUUAUGAAUAUUUUGAGAAAAAUGAAGAGCUAACUCACAUUUUUAACAAAGCAACGGCCCAUUCUGGUCCAUUAGAAAUGAAAAGGGUCCUUACACUAUAUAAAGGAUUUGAGGGAAUUUCAACACUAGUUGAUGUUGGAGGUGGAGUAGGAAAUGCUUUGAAACAGAUUUUAUAUAAAUAGCCUUCGAUAAAAGGUAUCAAUUUUGAUUUGCCUCAAGUGAUUCAAGAUGCAGAACCUCAUCCAGGUAAGAUCUAAAUAUAUAUAUAUAUAUUCUCUCCUUUUUCUGUUAAGCCUACCUUAUUAUUUUUUCUUGAAGGGAUUGAGCAUGUUGAAGGUAGCAUGUUUGAAAGUGUUCCAACAGGUGAUGCCAUCUUACUAAAGCUUGUAUGUCACAAUUGGGCAGAUGAAGAAUGUGUAAAGUUUUUAAGAAAUUGUCACAAAGCAUUGCCAAAAAAUGGAAAGGUGAUUGUUUUGGAUUACAUAAUUCCAGAGGUUCCAAACCCAAGCAAUAUCUCUAAGCAUGCUUGUGGUCUUCACAAUCUCAUGUUUUUAGUACAUGGUGGAAAGGAACGAACUGAAAACGAAUUUCAACACUUGUGCAUGAGCUCUGGAUUUUCCAAAUUUCAUGUUGCUUGCAGUGAUAUCUCAGCUAUGUCAGGAGUAAUGGAAUUUUAUAAAUGAAAACUACCAACCAUUUUACUUGUAUUUUCAAUAUGUUGUAAACUUAUAAUCAAUAUUGUUGAAUAAAUUACUUCAAUAUAAAGAUGAAUUAAUGUAGCAAUGAAUAAAGAGAAUUAUGAUCUCUAUUUUUCUUUUGGUUA